GGGAAGGUGGUUGGUGGGGAGAGAGCUAAAGCUGAGCGAGCAGAGCUUCCCACUGACUUUACAUAGGAGGAAGAGAGACAUAUGAGAGGGAAGUAGAGAGAAGGAGGGGGGCUAGUGGUGCGAGAGGAGAAAAGAGGGUCAGAAGAAGGGAGAAAGGUUUUUGAAGAAGAGGGGAGCAAGUUGGUUAUAUAGUUUGGUUAAUGAAAGAAAAGUUGGUGUGCUUGCGAUGUAUAAAGAGAGGAGUGCUGGCUAGACUGGAACAGACAAGGGGACAAAGUGGAAUAAAGAAGUAGAACCUCUGGUUUAUAAAGAACAAAACUUCGGUAAAGAGAGGCAUACGUUUGAUAGAGCCCGCAUUCUAUUUCCCCAUGGACUAUGAUGCAGGAGUGAAGGAAACACCCUGCUUUUUUUGGUAUUAACACCCCCCCUUCAACCUACAGGAGGAUGGCACAGGAGAGAGGAAGGCCUGGAAGGCUCUAAAAUGCUGAAGGCAACUCUCUGAUGCAAGGACAAACACAGGAUGAGUUUAAAAAAUGACCCAGGCCAUGAGAAGGCAUCUUACUGUCUCUACAUAUACCCUCAGCUCUCUAAUGAAGCCUCCACUUUGUGUACUGUUUUGGCAACCAAGGAAUUAUCAGCCUCUGAAGUGAUAAAGAAUGCAGUGUCUGCUCUGGCAUUGGACAGCUGCAAGCACUAUGUUUUGGCUGAAGUGAAAGAGUCCGGAGGGGAAGAGUGGGUGUUAGAUCCUAAUGAUUCACCUGUGCAAAGAGUGCUGCUUUGGCCACGGAAGGCCCAAGAUAGGCACCAGCAGUCAGAUGGUUAUUAUUUCUUACUACAAGAGAAAGACCAGGAUGGAAGCAUUAAGUAUGCUCACCUUCCACUGGUUUCAGAGGAGGAGGAGUCCAGAAGGUUGAUGGAAAGGGGAUUUCUUCCUCGUCUUCAAGUGGACUAUAAUGACUUGUGCAACUUACCCAAACUAACUGAGGAUGCAAUUCUUGAUAACCUUAAGUCUCGUUUCUUGAACCAAAAGAUCUACACUUAUGCUGGAAGUAUUCUGAUUGCCAUCAACCCCUUCAAAUUCUUGCCUAUUUACAACCCCAAAUAUGUCAAAAUGUAUGACAACCACCAACUUGGGAAGUUGGAGCCUCACAUUUUUGCAAUUGCAGAUGUUUCUUACCAUACCAUGCUGAAAAAGAGGGUUAACCAGUGUAUUGUCAUAUCUGGAGAAAGCGGAUCUGGAAAGACGCAGAGCACGAAUUUUCUAAUACAUUGUUUGACAGCACUAAGUCAGAAGGGUUAUGCAAGUGGGGUAGAGAGGACCAUAUUGGGUGCUGGACCUGUACUUGAGGCUUUUGGAAAUGCCAAAACUGCACAUAACAACAACUCCAGCCGCUUUGGAAAAUUCAUUCAAGUGAAUUAUCUGGAGAGUGGCAUUGUACGGGGAGCUGUUGUGGAAAAGUACCUUCUUGAAAAAUCUCGGCUUGUAUCUCAGGAAAAGAAUGAAAGGAAUUAUCAUGUUUUCUAUUAUCUUCUUCUGGGUGCUUCUGAAGAGGAGAAGAAGGAGUUCAAGCUCCAGCAACCUGAAGACUAUUUCUACCUCAACCAGAACAACUUUAAGGUGGAGGAAGGGGAGGAUCUGCGACAUGAUUUUGAACGACUAAAGCAAGCAAUGGAGAUGGUAGGGUUCCUCCCAGCCACCAAGAAACAAAUAUUCUCAGUGCUAUCAGCAAUUCUAUACCUGGGAAAUGUGACAUAUAAGAAGAAGUCUUCCGGCAGGGAUGAAGGUUUGGAUGUCGGGCCUCCACAGGUUUUAGACACAAUGUCUCAGCUUCUUCAGGUUAAAAGAGAGAUGCUGGUGGAAGCACUAACCAAAAGGAAAACUGUUACUGUAAAUGAGAAGCUAAUAUUACCAUACAGCCUCAAUGAGGCUAUCACUGCACGAGACUCGAUGGCAAAGUCUCUUUACAGUGCCUUGUUUGAUUGGAUAGUUCUACGAAUUAACCAUGCUCUGCUCAAUAAAAAGGAUGUAGAAGAAUCUGUAAAUUGUUUGUCGAUUGGAGUCCUUGAUAUUUUUGGAUUCGAAGACUUUGAGAACAAUAGUUUUGAACAAUUCUGCAUUAAUUAUGCAAAUGAACAGCUUCAGUACUACUUUAACCAGCACAUUUUCAAACUAGAGCAGGAAGAGUAUCAGGGUGAAGGAAUUACUUGGCACAAUAUAGAUUACACAGAUAAUGUGGGCUGCAUUCAGCUGAUUAGCAAGAAACCAACUGGACUCUUCUACUUGCUGGAUGAGGAAAGCAAUUUUCCACAUGCCACAAAUCGUACAUUGCUUGCUAAGUUUAAGCAGCAGCACGAGGGGAACAAGUAUUUUGUGGCCACACCAGUUAUGGAGCCUGCCUUCAUCAUUCGCCACUUUGCUGGGAAAGUGAAAUACCAAAUAAAGGAUUUCCGUGAGAAGAACACAGAUUAUAUGAGACCAGACAUUGUGGCUCUCCUGAGAAGCAGUGAUAGUGGGUACAUCCGGGAGCUUAUUGGGAUGGACCCAGUGUCAGUUUUCCGCUGGGCAGUAUUACGAGCAGCCAUCCGAGCUAUGGCUGUGCUUAAUGAAGCUGCAAGGCAACGAGCAGAGAGAACAGCAGGUGUAAUACGGAAAGGAGCUAGGGUACCCUUGGGAGAGCUCCAGAGGUCAAACAACCCCAUGGAGAAAAUAUAUCGCCGCUCUCUUCUCGAUUUCUCCUUUGAUUGCUCUGCGGAAUGUGAUAUUGAUGUGUUCGAAGACAUCUUAAAUAUAUACGAAAGCAAGAAGAAAACAAAGAACACUCGCCAGAAGCAGCUCAUCCCAAAGAACCUUCUUGAUUCACAGUCUCUGAAACUAAUAAUGAGCAUGACACUUCAUGACAGAACUACCAAGUCUCUCUUACACCUGCACAAGAAGAAGAAGCCACCCAGCAUCAGUGCACAAUUUCAGACUUCACUUAAUAAACUUCUGGAAACAUUAGGUAAAGCUGAGCCAUUUUUUAUCCGAUGCAUUCGAUCUAAUGCAGAAAAGAUGGAGAUGAGCUUUGAUGAAGCCCUUGUUCUUCAGCAGCUCCGAUACACUGGUAUGCUGGAAACAGUCCGAAUCCGGAGAUCUGGGUACAGCGCCAAAUACACUUAUAAGGAAUUUGUUGACCAGUUUCAAGUACUGUUACCAAAACUGUCCCCCAUGCCAAAAAAUGCCAUAGCCACGCUUCUUGAGAGCAUGUGCUUUGACCCACGCAACUAUCAACUCGGAAAAUCCAAGGUGUUCAUGAAAGAGUCAGAACGACAGACACUGCAGGAUGCUCUACACAAGGCAGUCAUUAAGAAGAUUAUUCUUCUCCAGAGUCUCUUUCGAAUGGUUAUGGAAAGGAGAAAUUUUCUCCGAAUGAAAAUAGCAGCCGUGACCAUACAGGCUUGCUGGAAAUCACAUUGUGUAAGGCGAGAUCUGGAUCUUCGGAAGAAUGCUGCAGUCUGCAUUCAGGCUCUGUGGAGGGGCUAUAUUCAGAGAAGUAGCUAUCAAAAGCAAAUCCAAAUUAUCAAGCAGCUGCAGGCUUUAUGUAGAGGACAACUGCAACGCAAAAGGUACAAAGAAAUGCUGGAAGCAAAGCAGAAGGCAGCAGAGGAAGAGGAGAGGAGGAGAAAACAGGAAGCUCUUGAAAGAGAAAGGGUGGCAUUACUUGAGCAGGCACGGAAGGAAGAAGAGCAAAAAAGGAAACAGGAAGAAAUGAAGAGAGAAGCAGAACUUAGAGAGAAGUCUGAGAAGAAAGAAAUUAUAAAGUCCAACAUGAAGACUGUAAUUCAGAAUAUUAAUAAGGAACAAGAAGGAGAGCUAAAUGAGAGAGCGGGGGCGGGGCAGCAAGUUAACAGUGGUGAUAUAGCUUUGGAAAGGAUUGCGAAAGAGAAUGAGCGUAACAGUGAGUUAAAAGAAGAGGGUACUAUGGAAAGUGUAAAUCAAGUACCAAAUAUGGAACUAGUGUCAGACAAUGAUAAAAUAUUGCAAGCAAAGCAAAUUCCGGUACAGCCAGUAGUACAGAAAAAUGACAGUGGAAGUCCAGAAAGGGCUGCUAGCUGUCGAGAGAAAAGGGAGAAUCGGAGGCGUAGAGGUCUACAGCAUGACUUGAUCCAGAAUAAACACAUUUACUCUUCUAUUGAGGAACCUGAGAAGGAGCAGGGUGCACUACAGAAGGAAGAUGAAACAGAGACUAAGAACAAUGCUACAACGGAGACAGGAAAUCAACAUGAAAUAUCAAAUAAUGAGCCCACUGUUACAAAUACUAGACACAGUAGACGUGGAGAUGAAGAUCUAGUGAAUAAGCAAGAUCAAACUUUAGGAAAGCCAACCAGGCCUUCAAAUCUCCCUCUUAGCCCCCAGGUGUCUUUACCAAAACAACUACCAACCCCUGAUGAGAGAAGAAGAUCAACCGAGUCCCGGAAGGAGGAAGGAGGUCCCAGUGUUGCCAUUGUCCAGCGAUACAGUGACCAUGAAAACCUGAAAAACAAAGCUGAAAAGUGGAAAGAGAAGAGACAAAAUGUGGAAUCUGGAAGGACUCCUGAAAGAGAAGACGCAAAGGUUCCAAAGGAAAAUAAGGAGAAGUUGCCAGAAAGGAGGAAUGCUAUACCAUCUACAGAAAUCCCAGGAGUUCAGUCCCCCUCCUCCCCUCUGGAAAAGGCAGCCAAGAAGCAACCUGCGCAGAAGAAAAAAUCCAACGAGCAAACCAGCCAUUCUGAAAGUGCCCAAUCACAGUCCACUGACUCCAAGCAUACAUAUAAGGGCUUUUAUAGACUUUUGGGGAGGAAACCAGAAAAGAAGAACAGCAAAGAAAUCCCACUUACUCCAGAAAAUGUAGAAGAGCCUCCUUUCCUACAGUCCACUCAAGAGGUCACAGCAACUAAGAGAACCAUAGAUGGUACCGCUGCUUCUAGACAAAACACUCGCACUUACGGAGUGGAACCAGCCAAUAAAAUCCGUAGGCAUCGCUCUAUUAAAAUUAGCAAGGCUACCACUGUUUCUGAGAAAUGGAAAACAUCCUUGUGUAGAGAGAUUAAUAACCAUACUGAGCUUAAACACCUAGAUGACUUUUUAUUUGCCAAGUUUAAUACUUUUAACUCUGAUAAGUCUGGCGUGGAAAAUUUGCUCUUCGAAGCUGUUAAAAUGUUCAGAGAAAACCUUAAAUCCAUGUACUCCUCUCCUAAUGGUCAAAUUCAUGCUGGUUAUAAGGAUCUGAUGGAAAAUUUUCAGAUUCUUGUUGGCACUUUAACUCAAGAGAGAGAAGAAAAGGAUGUAAAGCUUGUACUGAACCUUUUCCAGUCCUUCCUAGAUGAAUUUACUCGUGGAUACAGUAAGAAAGAGGAGAUUGAACCCCAGAAGCAACGAAAAUCUCAGAAGAAGAAACGCAAACAAGAUCAAACAGUGGAAACGCAUGGUCAUGUGUUUGUAAGCUAUCAAGUGAACAUUGGACAAUCCUGUGAACACUGUUCCAACACUAUUUGGCCAAUGGAGAAAGCAUAUCUCUGCAGCGUAUGCAAGAUGGUUUGCCACAAAAAGUGUUUGACUAGGAUCCAGAGUCACUGCGCCUCAGGUGGUGGGGGGAAGAAGCAGGGAUGCCAUCAGUUUGGUGUGCAUGUGGCAGACUUGACCAGUGAUACAACUUCGGUACCAGUUGUCAUGGAAAUUCUGCUGGAGUACUUAGAGAUACAUGGGCUCUACACAGAAGGAAUCUACCGCAAGUCGGGAGCUGCCAAUCGUAUGCGUGAACUGAAGGAGUCCCUGGAAAAAGACCCCAACUUGGUUAAACUGGACAAUUAUCCAAUUCACGCAAUAACUGGAAUCCUAAAGCAGUGGUUACGGGAGCUACCAGAGCCGCUUAUGACAUUUGCACAAUAUAGUGAAUUUUUGCGAGCUGUAGAACUCCCUGGGAAGCAAGAACAGCUUUGUGCGAUCUACAAGGUAAUUGGACAGCUCCCCCAUGCACAUUACAACAGUCUGGAAAGACUGAUCUUCCAUCUUGUCAAGGUGGCUAUGGUAGAAGAAGUGAACCGCAUGACUCCUAAUUCCUUGGCUAUAGUUUUUGCACCUUGUCUACUGCGUUGCUCAGAUAACUAUGAUCCACUAACUAGCAUGAAGGAGGUGGCUAAAACCACAACGUGUGUAGAGAUGCUAAUAAAGGAGCAAAUGAGACAAUACAAAAUAAAAAUGCAGGAAAUUGGGCUAUUGGAAGCAGCAGAAACUUGUGCAGUGUCUAGACUGUCAUUGCUGAAAAAUACUACAAGUAAAAGCCAGACAUCAAAUGGUAACGGUUUGCCUGAUCUGGAUGCGGUGCAAGAAGAGCAUCUGUCAGACUCUGACACUGUCCGAGAAUCACAGAUACUAAUCGACAGAAUAAAGACCAUUAAAGAGGAAAAGGAAGAUAUCACCUACCGCCUCCCAGAACUGGAGCAGAGGGGUUCAGAUGAAGAAAAUAUGGAUUCUGAGACAUCUAACAGCACAGAGAGUUUGCUAGAUGAGAAGCUGUCCCAGACAGAAAUGGAAGCUGCACCUGCUUUUAAUCAGUCCCAGGCACCCUCUGAGAGCGUUCAGGCACAGGCUCCCCUUUUUACCAUGUCUGUGAACCAAACUAGUUUCAAGCGCAGACCAUCUUCUUUUCUGGCCAAGAUGAGGAUUCACAGGAAGAAUCCCGUUAUGCCAACUUCCAACAUCCGGUUACCCCCAGGUGUAACAAAAGCCACAGAUGCUGCUGAGGAGUCUAGUUCGGUACGGCGAAGAGAACAGCCAGGAAGAAGGACGGACAAUAUUCAGUCAGUCUAUGUCCCAGAGGGAACAGAAAUGGGAACUGUACAUGGAGCACUAGAGUACGAGCCUACAGCCAAACUCAAGCGCCGCUUUUCAGACCCACACCUGCAGAUCCCUUGCCCCGACGAGUCUGACCUUUAGGAUCAAAGACUUAUUUUCCAUGUCGGCUAUCUACCCAUGGUAAAUCUUCUACUAGAAAUAUCCCUUUGAUAGCAAAGGAAUUUACAUUGAACUGGCAUUUCAAAUAACUGUUUUGGGGGGGGGGGGGAAAGGCACAUUGAGUCUUUCAUUGUAGUCUGGCAGGUUAUAGAGGGGAUUUUCAUUCCUGUUGUGAAUCCUCCACUUGCUGGCAGUAGUCGUUCCGUUGUUAGCCCUCAAUUUUAUUCCCAGUCUUGUAAUAUGAUCGGACCAAAGGUGAGUUCAUUUUGCCUUAUGCUGUUCACCCGCUACAGUCAUAUUUUUAUAUAUGUGUAUAUUAUAAAGCUUUUAAUAUUUUGUUUUAUAUAAAUAUGUGUAUUAACACAAAGGCCAAACGUGCGUGAGAAUGGUAGGAUGUGCAUUGUGGAGGUUUUUAUAAAGAUAAACUUUUUUUUUUUAGUUUUGUUUUAUGCAAAAGACAGAUUCUGCACACAGAUGCAGCAACUAUUUAUCCAUCUUUUUUUUUAUAAACUGUAACAUCAAGUAUGUUUCUUUCAAUUCAUCCAUAUUCAUUGUAAUUGCUAGAUCCCGGACAGCCACAGUGAAAGAAAAAAGACAGCAGAACACUGAUGCCAAGAUACAUUGAUCAUGCCCAUUUAUUUACCCACAGUGUCUCAGUAUAUUGGACGGUUCUUUGGCUAGAUGUGUUUUUAGCAUGGUUAGUCAGCAGUCAUCAGUCUCAGGUCUCCUGGUGCUGCUGCAAUGCAGUUCUCUGCAUUCUUGGACAUGCGAUCAAGGUUUAGAUUAUACUGGGAGUUUUAGUUCAUGCGUUUCUUCUGACUCAGGGCUGGGAAACACUAGUUUGGGUCUGUGCCCCUGUUUUGAGGCUUUCAGUUCAAAAAAAGAAAGCAAAAUUCUCUGCCUUAUCAUUCCUAACACUAGUUUCAUUCCAUAACAUGUAGAAAACACACGCAACAAACAUCUCGGCACAGUCUGCAAGACUGAGAGUCUGACGCCCAUUGGUGGGGCCAACCAAUAGUUAUGAAGGUUUAUUUGCUUUAGAACAGGAUGACUGUUACAACAAUGUCUAACACUGUGACUGAGUUACAUUUGCAUGUUGGACUGCAAAGUCUGUUCUACUGAUAAUUACACUUAAGCUCGACAUAGACGUGCAGAUUUACCUUCACAUCAGACGAACGUUAGGUGCCAUCUCCGACCUGCCACUUACCAUUCAGAUCAAGUACGGUAGUAAAAGAACAGAUCAGACAAUGUUCUGCCCCUGACAGCAAUCGUACAAAAGUUAUGUCCGUUAAAAGCUGGUGACAGUCUCCCACUGAUAUAGUCAGAUCGCAAUACAUGCAGAGAUAUUAUCGGUAGCCGAAAAUUGUCUGGACACUCCACACACGUCUCGAAAAUCAGACGAAAAAGAGAUUCCUACGAUCAAAUCUUUGUGUCUAUGGCCAGCUUUAGGGGCAGAUUUAUCAAGGGUCAAAUAGUAAAUUCAAAUUUUGAGUGUCAAAAUUCACACAUUCAAAAUUUUAUCCCUGCUUAGCCAUGGAAUAUCUGCAACCUAAAACCUGCCGAGUUCAUGUCAAUGAGCCAUUUGUAGAUGUUAUUAGCCUUCCUGACAUGUGAGGUUUUUUUCAGGAGAAAUUGAAUACGAAACUAAUAUGAUUCGAGUUUUUGGGUCGGAACCAUUCAAUCAAAUAUUAGCCAUUCAAAUCUUUUCUUAAAUAACCUCCGAGUCGAAUUGUGAGUAUAUUCGAAUUAAAAGAAAAAUUUCACAUGAAUUCAACAUUCAACCUUUGCUAAAUGAGCCUCUUACAGUAGCACUGCAGGACGUUGUUUGUGUUAGGUUUUUACUAGAGGUACUCAGCUUUUAGUCCUAUUCUUCUUAUUAGAAUUGGUGCCAGCUUAGCGGCUUUAACUGGCAGCAAGAGAAACUAUACUUCAGUAUUAAUCAUAACAUAAAGCUGCCUACAAAUUGCUGCGUUUACAUCUUUGGAGUUGUUUCAGUACUUGAAAUUGUAGGUCUUCACUGACUACACUAUUUUAAAGAAACAGCAGCCUUGUAUUCCUUAUGCUGUUCUAAUUACUGUAGAUGUCAGGGCCGGAGUUAGGACUGGAAAGAACAUGUUGCAUGAUGGGCCAUCCCUGACCUAUGCAUUUGCGAGCCUCAGUUUUAACUCCUGCCCUGGGAGAUGUGCAAUAAUGGUUGCUGAGACUUGUAUUCGUAUUCAUUAAUUCACAAUAUGCACACAGAUGUGUUUUCUUUGAGGUUUGCUAGACAGGGGAGCAUAGUUUCCAUUAACCAGCAAAACAUACGGUACAUAUGGUCGAUAACUUCUUCUAAAUGCUCUUUACUAAUCUCUCGCCCCUCAGUUAAUUGUUAGGUUUGGAGGUGGCAAAGAAGAAUAUGUUUUGUGUGGCUUCUCUUGUCGGCAAAUCAAGGGUACUCCAUUGUGUAAGAGCUGCUUACUGGACUUAAUUAGUGAAGACCAGGAAGGAAGGAAACCAAUCAUGGCAGGUGCCAUAUGUAUAAUUACCUAUAACAAUGUAUUUUUAUUUAAUGUUUAUAUAAAACCCUGGAUGAAAAUAGGGUUGGACUUGGACCAGACAGAGUAGCCCAUUAGCCCUUUAUAUUCACCAUGAGCCUAUAUAACCUUUAUGAUAUUUGGCACUGAAAUUAUCUAAUUGUCAUGAUAGCUGGUCCUGGAUGUCAAGUUCUCUGGUGGGCUUUAGGGGGUCCAGUCUGACAAAUUCCCCUUUGAGUGCCUUAUUGCCCAUGUAUAAGAUAAGCAUUUGAUUAAAGUAAGCGUCCAUCUCUUUCUCUUCUCUCUUUCCUUGCUUGGUGUCACUCUUCCUUCUUCCUCUUUUCUUCCUGGCCCAAGGGCUAGCUUGUUGUUGUUGUGUUGAAUUUUACUCAAAUGCAAAAUAAAAACAUAUAAAAAGUAAUGGUCCAUGUUACAUUUUGAGAUGUGCAUUUUUGGUUUUGAAGAAGUUUGCUUCAAAACCAAAGCAAUUCAUUAAAUUUUCAAUUUCAUAUUUUUAACUUUCUUGAUACUGACUGCUGGUUUUUUUGCUGUGGGUUGUAUGACCUGAAGCAAAUUUUGCAAACGUAUCCCCUUGGUUACAGAACAAACAGCCUUUGGGUACUAACUUUACACAAGACACCUUUUACAUGUUUUAUCUUGCCAGCAACAUUCCAAUUUUUAGAUUUCAUUAUAUAUAGAACAACUUUUUUCCGGUAUUACGGCUAUUUCAUUUGGCACAUUGUUUCUGCGUGUGAUAGAGUUAAUAAUGGCUCAUCUAACCUGUAGCAUUAGUUUGGUUCAGUAGAUAUUGUCCGCACAUUAUUUGGCUAGGGUAAAACUGAAUGUUGGGAUGGGUGAGCUGAGCAGUUGAUACCCUGCUUGGGUUUAUCAUGUUGGGUUCUGAAUGUACUGAAACUGAAUGUAUAUGAGACCCUAUAUGUAGUUACUGAACAAUGAUUUCCUUUUUGCACUUUAUAGAGCUAUGAUAGAAACAAAAAAUUUGUUUUAUAAAGACUUGGUUUGAAUGUCAUCUGUCACUCUGAUGCUUCUCUGAAUUUGACCAAACAGCCGGCUAACCCGUGUAUUCAAACACUGAAAUAAGCCAAAGGCAGUUCCUUGUCAUACUCCCUAAUAAUGUAUACUAAUGGGAUGCUCCUGAUCUUGUGCUCCAAUAUCUCUCUCUGCUGUUUUCCCUGUGUCUUUACUCACCCUGCCAUUUGGUUUUCACAGCUGUAUAUAUAUAAAAACAUCCAGAAUAUGUUCCUAUUUAAUGUGGCCCAGUCCAUCUGAUGUUACUUACUGGAAAUGUGCAGGUUCCAUGCAACGCUCACUUAUCUUUGUCGAAUAAAGUUGUAAUUGAAGAUA